AUCCAAGUUAAAUCAGAAGCGGUACUGCGGCGGUGGUAGCUGCAUCGCGGUCGCCACCAGCCCCACUCUCUUUGUCGCUUACACACCACGCAGCCUAGUGCGCGCACUCAUAGGUGACGAGCCUUCCUCCGCGUUCGCCGUUAGCGUCCCGACUCCUGUGCUCCCGCGCUUCCCGGUGCCCUGAAGAUCUUGCGCGGCCCCGUUCGUGUGUUUUUUUUCUCCUUGCGCGUUACAUUUACCGCUGCGCCACGCGCGCACGUGCUUUCGUUCUGUCCGGCGUGUGGGUGGUCGAGUAGCGGUGAUAAGACCGCCGGGUAACGGUGCCCUGUCGACAGCUCGACAUCAGUGAAGUGACGUGUUUGACGAAGCGUCGUCGCCGUUGGGAGUAAAGCGGGUACCAUUCGAAUCCGCCCCUUGCCUGAACGGAGUGCUCGCCGAGGCACGAAGAGGAAGCGAACAGGGAUCAGUCAUGGAUAAGGAGCCCGUGCUCCUCACCAUCCAUCCGCUGGAGAAUGGCAAGCUGGAUGCUGCCUACUGCAACAACGGUUUCGACAAGCCCCUCAACUUGCUGCCUGAGAUCGCCAAGAACUACUUGGAGGCGCCCAGAUUGACUGUGGACGACCAGCGGUCGAUAGCAAGCUCCAUCGACAGCAGGGCAAGCGGCAGCCGAAACUUCGAGAACAUCAAAAUAGAAUGGAAGAACCUGCGGUUCACGGUGAAGAAUGGAAAGGGCACGAAGACGCUGGUGGACAACAUGAGCGGUGCUGCACGGCCUGGAACACUGACGGCCAUCAUGGGUCCGUCGGGCGCUGGCAAGACCACGCUGCUCAACCUUCUCAGUGGAUUCUAUGACACCGGCUACGAAGGGGAAGUGCACAUCAACGGCUACGUGAGGGCGCCGCGCCUGUUCACCAAGCAGAGCUGCUACGUGAUGCAGCAGGACCGACUGUCUCCAACGCUCACCGUCCAGGAGGCGCUCACUAUGAGCGUUGAACUGCGCAUGCCCUUCCUGGACAAAGUGAGCAAGAUGGAGAAGGUGAACCACUCGAUCCAGGGCUGGGGACUGUACGAAUGCCGCAAGACGCGGACGAGCGACCUCUCGGGUGGCCAGCGCCGGCGGCUGGCCAUCGCCCAAGAGCUCGUCAACAACCCACCCGUGGUUUUCCUGGACGAACCGACCAGUGGUUUGGACAACGUAUCUAGUCUUCUGUGCGUCCAGAUCCUCAAGGAGAUGGCGGAACGUGGGCACACCGUGAUCUGCUCGAUACACACACCGAGUGCCAAGAUCUUCUCCCACUUUGACUUGCUGUACAUGGUAUCAAAAGGACGCUGCAUAUACAAUGGCCCAGUGGACGAUCUGGUUCAGUUCCUGUCGCGUCACAGCCUGAAUUGCCCUCAAUACCACAAUCCUGCCGACUACGUUGCUGAAGUAGCCGCUGGCGACUACGGGGACUACACGGACGAACUCGCCAAAGAGUUUGAGGAGCCGCAACCUGAAGAAAAAGAAUCAGGAGACCACAAGCGACGGACGAUAUACGGCGGCAAGAUCAUGUCCGAAAGGCACAUGGCCGAGGCGAACAAGCUCUACAGCUUCACAUCUUCCAGCUUUCAUCAAUUAGGAAUCCUGCUCAGGAGGUGUUGGCUCUCCGUUGCCAGAAACAAGGUGGCCACUCCUCUGAGGUUCGCCGCAUACCUGGCGUUCGCCAUCAUGAUGAUCAUGCUGUAUUAUGACAUCGGCAGAAAAGCGUCUACCGUUAUCAACAACGCGAACAUGUUCUUCGGCAUGUGCUGCAUCGUCAUGUUCCAGUCCAUCCUGCCCACUGUGAUCGUCUUUCCCAUAGAGAUUUCGGUGCUGCAGAGAGAGCACAGAAACCGGUGGUACAGCAUCAAGCUCUACUACUUGGCUCGCUACAUCGUCGAGCUACCAUUUUUGGUAAUUCCUGUCAUUAUGCUCAUAGCGCUGAUCUACUACCCCACCUCUCAACCUCUUGAAGUGUGGAGAAUAGCGAGCCUUGCCCUGUUCAACAUUCAGCUUUGCUCCUCCAUUCAAGCACUGGGACUCAUCGUUUCAGCAGUCACAAAGCUGCAGACGGCGGUGUUCGUCGCGCUCCCGGUGGUGUCACCGUUCUUCUUCUUCAGCGGCUUCUUCGUGCAGUCGCACCUUGUUUCACCAUACAUACGCUGGCUGACGUACCUGUCGCCCAUGUACUACGCUUACCACGGCAUGUUGCUCUCGGUCUACGGCUACGAUAGGCCGCCGCUCAGCUGCGACGACUUCAUCUGCCUGUACGAGGACCCCAAAGAGUUCCUCCAGUUCACCGGCACGGCGGACAAGAAGUUCCACGUUCUCGUGCUGUCUCUGUUCGCCUUUGAGAUUGUCUUCCGCACGAUCGCCUUCAUCCUUGCUCAGGCUCAGACUCAAGCAAAAGGAGUGAAGAACGCGUGACUAGGGGACAUUUUGUGAGGACUUGGUCGUCCUGUUUUCAACGGGCAAACGUUUUUAGCCCCAUGUAAGCGAUGGAUUGAAGGGGAAUGUUGAAGACCUCGACCCGUACUGUGUGUUGUGUUCGAUCAGUGACGUUCCAAUAAGAGGACUUCUCAUCUUCAUUUUGUAUAAGCACCAUCUAUGGCAGGGAGCACAAGCUUCAUAAUGUGAGGGCACGGGUGUAACCUUUCCUAGGUCACCGGGUUUAUCGAACACUGUGUGCAGCCUUUCCUCAUUUACUGCCUCCGGCUCGCAUAGUCUUGGCUCGUAUCAAUGUGGGAAUCAACUCAGAAUAUCUUUCCAGUUUUUUUUUUCUUUUUUUUUCGAAAGUUUACUGCUAAAUUUGGCCUCCUGUAACCCAAAUAUACCCAAAAUUCGGGUCAGAGACAAAUGCAAAACCAGAAACAGAGAUUACGGUAGGGCAUAGGUUUCUGUGUUUUACCCUGCUUUUCGCCUGUAUGAAAUUUACUCCGUCUAUUGCAAUGUGUAAGCACCCAAAGAGCCAAACCAAAAUGCUCAGAGCAAUGUUUCCUGGUGUCUAUCAUGCAUGUCUUGUUACUGCCAGUCUCAGUUUUCUCAUUGCGAUUGCAUUGGAAAUAAGCAGAACAGGCAAAAUCGUGAUGACGAGAACUUUGCAUUGGUGUAAGUACAAUAGGCAACGCCCUGUACGGCGUUCACAUUUCUGUCGGCAGGCUCAGGUUCGACGAGCAUGAGAUGAACUCAGGUUAUGUAGUUAUCGGUUUUCUUUCUUCGAGAAUUGUGCGGUGAAAAUGAUAACGCCGUGAUAAAAUAACUAUGUUUGCCUGACCAUGCAGUGAUUAUGCACGACACAGUUCUUCAGUACAAGUGAUGAUGUGACUUUUGAUGAGACUGGAUACAUGUUUUUCCAGCCCGAAGAAUGCUACGUACUUGCCACAUUGAAGGUCAAUAGUGAGAGAGAGAUAAAGCUUUAUUGUUCCUCAGUGGCGUUUGCUAAGCAGCUUCUUAGGCAUAGGCCUCUUCUUUCAGCGUACUUCCCCGAUGAUGCGAAGUGCGCUGCCAGGUAAUCUUGGUCCCGAAGUGCGCUUGCCGAUUCCAACUGGCCAGCAUUCUGGAAAUUGAGCGGUUUGAGAAUGACACUAAUAUCUCAUGACAAUUUAAGGGCAAGAAUGCAGAAUGAUAUGCGGCUCUGGAACAAGCAGGUCCGUGUAGGUGGGUGUGUGGUUACCCCGCCGGGUUCACUGCGUGCUAGUAGAGUCGGUGCAAGAUGAUUACAAACAACUAAUGGCACAAAAACGUUUAGUUUUCUUACGCUCCAAUCAUGCGGCCUGGUUUUUUUUUUCUUUUUUUGUACAAGCGCGUCCUGGACUUGGAGUGUGAACGCUACAGUGCUCCCGAUACUUUCAUGCUACGCUCAUAGACAGUGGAGGACCUCAACUUUCUCUCGGUGCCCUUCAUCCAAAAACUUUUGUACUGGAUUGUGCAUGUGUGGUGUGUGGAAUGGCUGUGUCUUAAUAUGGCUCCAAUUUUUUUUUAAGUGUUCUUAUUUUAGCAGGUUUUGAUUGGGGCUACGUGUACGCGGAGCUAUUUUGGCUAACCUUGAGUGAGAAGUAAGACGUGUCUCGUGUUUUAUGUGUGGAUCUUUCUUUAUUCAGUAUUUACAAGUUUUUUAAAGCUUGAGAGAUUAUGUAGAGGUAGCUCCGAACUUGUUAAUACGGAAAGUAGGUAAACGACAACUUGCCUCAUGUAUGAAACGUUGUGUAUAAGGUGUCCAAGCCGACUGUGGAUACUGGUUUAUGACUGUGAAUCCUACGUAAUUUUGCCUACUUUUCACUUAUAUUUGAUGUUACUAGCCAGGUUUAUUAAGGGAUUGUGACGAUCCGUCAUUAUAUAGUUUUAUUGGGCUCUUGUAUCGUGUCAUGUCAUGUAGGCUAUUCUUGUAUUUUUUUUCUGAGAAGUGCUCAGAAGUUUUAUUAGCUCCCGUUUUGCCGUACCGAAUGAAAACGAUGAAGCACCUCUGGAAGAGAUCCAAAAAUAAGUAAAGCAGAGAGGGACAGCGGGACUUUCCACUCUGCGCUUCAAUUGCAGAAAUUUCACUGCACGCUUCCCUGGGCUCGCUAGGAAGCGUACUGACGUUCCCGCAAAUCAUUCAUUGAUAAUCUUAUCUCUGUUGAAGCUUUUGGCCGAUAUUGAAGGCUUCUUUCCUCAAGUUAUGGCACGGUAGGAUGCCACUGAAUAUAACUAAACUUGUACGUGCGAUUCAUUUCUUCGCUGAGCGCCGAUAAAAUGCCAAGGAACUCGACAGAAACAACGAGCGUGCGGGCUUGAUAUAGAUGAGUUCUUUGUUCCUUUUCGCCUAGAAACGAAGGUCACGACAACAACAAACACAUCCAGACAAUGACGUCACUCUUUUAUGUGCACUCUAAGGUGUGUAGUCGGCGAUGUGUGUCUGGAUGACAUAACGUUCCGCCAUUUUGCGGGCAUUUCGGAUUUGCUUCGUAUGGUGCAAAGACCACAGCGCCACUGUGUGUUUGACCUCCACGAGGUCUACCUUGCCCGGAAUACUUCUCAGACCAUUUAUAGCCAUCUGCGCUCAUGAAAACGAAGCGAUAAAUUUGAAAUAUACUCAUUGUCACUGUAUAAAAUGUUUUUAUUCCCUG